AUGCUUUCGAGCCGAAAGCCGCUGACCGGGAGCGACCGUGACGACCAAUCACGGUACGCGUCCAUGCCGCAUCGACCGUCGUUCAGCGCCCGGUUGUCUGGCUUUGCGCAAGCCGGCCUUUCGUCGGGCUCGUCGAUGGCUCGCCUCUCCGGCUUCUACAAGAGCCAGCGCGUGCUUCCCAUGGCCCCGCGCCGCACGAUUGACGGCCCCAUGCUUCCCGACAUGCCAACGCAGACCCUUCGCCGGGCGUUAACGGUCCGCGAUCGCGUGACCCAAGUCAAGUUGAAGUCCAAGAACACUGAGCGGCGGCUUUGGCACCUUGCGAGCCGCAAGUCGCUCCAGCCGACAGUCGGCGACUCGCUCAAGAGCAAGCGUUGGAAGCGCGCGAGCUCGGUGUUUCUCGGUCGUGGCAGCCUGACGCUGCAGAUUGGCCGUCGACAGUCGCUCAUUCGCCGCUCCGAAGAAAUGAAAGCGCAUCAAGAGAUGAUCGGCAUAUUCAACUUGCGGCAGACAAAGCGUCCGAGCUUUCGGCGGCGCUCGACAAGCCCUUCGUUCUCAAACGCGGCCUUGUGGGACGUCAUCCAUCCAGGCGCUGCGCUACUCAAGGCGUGGCACUCGCUCAUCCUCUUGCUGCUCUUGUACGAAGCCGUGUACAUUCCCUUCACGAUCGGAAUCGGCCCGGAUCUGCGCGGCACGCCGUGGCAGACCUUCCAUUACGUUGUCGAUGUCUUGUUUGCGCUUGACGUGCUCGUCACCUUCAACAUUGCCUACUACGAGCACGACCCGCGGGACGAGCAGCGCACGCUCACGCUCAAGUACUCGAGCAGCAUUUCGGCCAAGGACAAGUAUCUCGUUCGAUCGCGGUCCCGCAUCGCGUGCCACUAUGCGUCAAGUUGGCUGCUUUUGGAUCUGCUGGCGGCGAUUCCCAUCGACUGGAUUGAGACGCUACUGCACAUACGCAUGGCCGAUGUCCAGGACGCGGUGCUCCUCAAAGCCGCACGCAUUCCGCGCGUGCUUGGGAUUCUUCGACUGGCCAAGGCGCUCAAGACGGACGGUCCGCUCUGGUGGUGGCUCGAGUUCUCGACCGGGUCGGUCCUCACGCGUCUCGUGCGCUUGAUUCUGAUUGUGAUGUACAUGGACCACAUCUGCGCCUGUAUCUGGUACGCGAUCGCGUCUGCGCCAGGCGGGUGGGGCGACCUCCACUUUGACCCGACGAGCCUCCACUACACGUACGCCCGAUGCUACUACAACUGCAUGAUGGCGCUCCUUGGCCAAGACAUUCUGCCGACGUCGCUCAACGAAAUGAUCUUCCUCACGUUUGUGUCGAUCGCGGGCUCGGUGGCCAUGGCGACUGUUUACGGUGACGUUGCGAUCGUCGUCUCGAGUCUCUACGCAAAUUCAACCAAGUACCGCGAAAAGAUGGAGGACGUAUACGAGUCGAUGCAGCACCUCGGGCUGCCACAGGAAGUCCAGCAGCGCGUGCACCUCUACUACACGUACCUCUGGCAGCAGUACCACACAUUGGAUGGCCGGUCGGCGCCAUUUGUGUCGGAGCUCUCGACCAACCUCCAGCGCGAAAUCAUGCUCUACUUGAACGCGAAAAUGAUCCGCAGUGUACCCCUCAUGCAAGAGUGCAGUCCCGAAGUCGUCCAGGAGAUCGUGCUCCAGCUCGAGACGCGUGUCUACAUGCCCGAGGACUUUAUCAUCAACAUUGGCGAGACCGGCUUUGAAAUGUUUUUCGUGCAGCGCGGCGAGUGCGAAGUGCUCAUCGAAGCCAACCCGCCGUGUCGAGACAAGCGCGUGAUCAAGCUCAUCACGGUCGGCGACUACUUUGGCGAAAUCGCGCUGCUCAUGGACUGCCGGCGCACGGCGUGUGUGCGCGCCAAGACGUUUUGUGUGCUCUGCGUCUUGCACCGGACAGGGUUUCGCCAAAUCAUUGCGCGCCACAAGGACGACCGCCAAAAGCUCGAGUCGCUCAUCAUGGAGAAGUACAAGAACGACGCGGUCAAGCCCGAUAUGGCCAAGACCACGAGCCACCGGCCCGCGGCGGCCCCUGUCGCCGCACCUUCCGUGCACCGUCCGACCCAUCUGCCCCAGCACUCGACAGGCGACCGCCAUGGCAUGGGCACGGACAAAGCUGCGCUGCGAAUGCUAUAUGACGCGACCACAUGCCUCCACGACGUCACGUCCCGCAUCAACAAGAUGGAGCAGUCGAUUGAGAAACUCACAAAGGCCGUGCGCCUCAUGACAACGGCGACGCAAGAAACGCCAGCGUCAACUCGCUACCCGAAAGCGGUGACGCGCCAUACGAUGCUGCCCAGCCGUGGGCAGGCGAUGCAGCGCGUCGAUGAAGUGCCGUCGGCGACCAGGGUUGCAGGCGACCUCAUGGUCACCGACCUCGACGGAUCGAUUCGCCACCACAAGCGACGGUACACGGUGAUCCAACAAGCCGACACUGUUGCGCCGACCGAGGCCGUCAAGCCGAUGACCACCGAGGCCAUCGCAGUGGCGCCGGCCGGACGGCGGCUGACGGCGCCGGCCAACCAAGUGGAUGUGUUCCAUGACGAGGCGACGCUACGAGAGCAGAUCUUCUCGAACCUCGACCGCGUCGAGAGAGCGUUGCUGGAGGACGCGCGCGAGACGAAGCAGUCGAGCUCGCAGACGUCCGAGGAACGGGCGCUUAUUUAA